UCGAACGACUCUUUGGGAGGAGAUAGCGGUUGUUUUUUAUUUUAUUUUAUUUCUCCUGAAACAACAACAACAACAAAUAUCUGAUCAUUUACCCGGAGGGUGGUCAGUUUACAGUGAACACAACGGUGGGGGGGAACGAGGGAUUUGACCUGCAAGUUUUUUUUUUCUUUUCCAUUUUUUCUCCUUUUCAUAGAGAAGGAUUGUGUGUUUGGGUUUGAAUUCGCGACGCAAAGAUGAUGGUCGGGGAGAUCGAAGUGAAGGAAAGACCGAGGCCGAGUCCCGACUAUUUGAUGCAGUUACUGAACGAAAAGAAGCUGAUGACCAGUUUACCAAACCUUUGUGGCAUCUUUACACAUCUCGAAAGGCUUCUCGAUGAAGAGAUCAACAGAGUGAGGAAGGACAUGUAUAACGACACAGUAAACGGCCUGGUGGACAAACACCCUCUGGAGUUACCCGAGCCUGUAGGGCCCAUCGUUCACCUACAGGAGAAACUCUUUGUGCCUGUUAAAGAGUACCCAGAUUAUAACUUUGUGGGGAGAAUCCUGGGGCCUCGAGGACUCACAGCCAAACAGCUCGAGGCAGAAACUGGAUGCAAAAUCAUGGUGCGAGGGAAAAGCUCUAUGAGGGACAAAAAGAAGGAGGAACAGAACAGAGGCAAGCCUAACUGGGAGCAUCUAAAUGAAGACCUGCAUGUGCUCAUCACAGUGGAGGACACACAGGCCCGUGCAGAGAUCAAGAUGAGGAGAGCCGUGGAGGAGGUCAAGAAGCUCUUGGUGCCUGCGGCAGAGGGAGAGGACAACCUCAAGAAGAUGCAACUGAUGGAGCUUGCAAUUCUCAACGGAACAUAUAGAGACACCAACAUCAAAACACCCACCCUUGCAUUCUCUCUUGCAGCGGCGGCUGCUGCUGCACAGGGCCCCCGUCUCAUUGCGGCCCCCACAGGCCAAGUGCUGCCCCCAGCAGCCCUCAGACCGCCCACGCCAGCAGGGACUCCGAUCAUGAACAUCAUCCGGCCCACCCAGAUGGCCACAAUGCUCCCCAACGGCACACCCACACUGGUGCCCCCGACGCCAGACGCUGGCAUCAUCUACACCACCCCUUAUGACUAUCCCUACACCCUGGCACCCACCUCACUGCUGGAGUACCCCAUCGAACACAGUGGGGUUCUAGGUAAGCGGCCCUGGGGUCUAAGUGGCACCGCUGCUGCCACGACCUUUAGCCCCACUCAGGAGAGCAGCUUGUAUUACACGGGGGUUAUGGAUGGGGCUUCAACCAGCCACGGUCAGGACUUACUGAAAGGUGCAAUGGCUACUAAAGUGAGACGUCAUGACUCUCGGGUCCAUCCUUACCAAAGGAUUGUGACCGCAGACAGAGCCGCCACCGGCAACUAACACAUGACCUUCUGACCUCUGAACUCUUCACCCAAUGACGAGCCGCCCCAAGCCUGCCUGCUGAUCAGUUAACUGGUAAUUGCCUUUUGCUAGCCUGUCGGACGCAGUGAGAGAAAGGCACCUGCCUGUACAGAUACUCUAACAUGUUUUGAUUUAAAAGAAAAAAAAAACCCAACAGUAUACAAACUAUUACGAAAUCUCAAAAAGAUAAGGAAAAAAAAUCUUACACAACAAACCCCAACAAGUUGUGUGACUUGUAAUUGUCUUUCUGUUCAUUGAGUUUAAUUUGCCAUUUUUCUCCUUUUUCUUUUGUUUCUUUCUUUUUCAUUAUAAAAAAAAAUCAUAAAAUUGGGUGGCUGUACUCUAUGUUACACUGCCCAAGAAUCUGCACUGAAUUAAAAAGCAAUAAAGCAACACUUCCCCACCCUCCCCUAACACACAAACACAGUGCUUACACUGAUUUGGUUACCUCACUAAAUAUGAAUUGAGACACUCUAAGAUCAGGGGGAUCAGGAUCCUGGCUGUGUUUGUUUCUCAGACUCUCUCAGCCUUUCAAAAGGCCUGUCCCCUAAACACCUGUUCAUAAUAAGAUAACAAAAGAAAACAAAGGAAAGAAAUCUGCAUUCACGAUAGCUUGAUCAUUUCUGCCACUCUUACUAGGUAGACCUAUACUUUGAAAUUAUGAUUUUUUUUUUUUGGUAAUGUGCUGACACAUUCUGGGUGUGCCUGAAUGGCUAUCCUUUAGAAGCAUGGCUGUAUUGAUGGACUGCAAAAGAAGCUUAUGUUUGAUUUUCUGUUUGGUUUGUUAAUCUGGUUUUGUUUUGACAUGAUUUGGAC